AUGGGUUCACCGAAUAAUGGCGGUGGAGGUGAAGAAGAUGAUAAAUGUGUUCCACGGGCUGCUGUAUAUAAAAUGAUUAAAGAUUGUACACCGCAAAUUCGUGUUUCAGGCGAAGCGAAGGAAUUCUUUGUUCAAUGUUGUAAUGAAUUUAUUCAUACAUUAGCGUUACAAGCCAAUGCUGUUUGUGAACAACAAGCAAAGAAGCUUAUUCAUCCAGAUCAUAUUGUUACUGCUUUGGAUAACUUGGGAUUUACAUCUUACAAAACGAAUUGUUUGAAUGCAAUGGAAACUGCCCAAGAAGAAAUGGCACAGAAACGAAAGAAACUUCAUGGUAAACCAACAUCUCUUUAUUCUCAAGAAGAAUUGCGACGACAACAGGAACUGCUUUUCGAACAAGCACGUGAAGAAUUACAACAACUCGAAGAAGAUGAUUGGGCUAAGACACAAGAAUUAUCCAAGGAAGUUUUGCGAAAAAAAAUGGAAGCAACACGAACUGAUGAUGAUAAUUAUGACGAUUGA